GCAAUUAUAAAAACAAUCAUCAUGGAAAUUGUGCCCUGUCCUGCAAUCGACUCUAUAUAAAAACCACAGCCCAUUGCCAAUUUAUCAAUAUACCUUGAGCAAUGUCGAGUUAUCGUAUACCCCAGAAGAACUGGAGGCGCAUUUAUGCACAAUUCGUGGACCUUUGGUUGGUGCUGCAUCAGAAGACACAUCCGCAGCAUACUUCGCUCUAUUAUAAUCGCAUGCAACUAACCACCCUGGGGAACUAUCCGAACAAGGAGCAGCGUCGCUUACGUAUUCGCCGCAUCUGGCAAAUAAUUAUUCUGCUACAGGUCAACAUAUUCUUAGUCACUCUGCUGCUUGCGCUGCCCGAAUCGGCCGACAAUAUAGUCGACUUUGGUCAGGACACUCUGUGGUUGAUUGGGUGCUUCUAUUUGUCAUUCAAAUGGCACUUCUUCUACUUUCAUGCGGAUGACGUGGAUGAGAUUGUCAAUGAUCUGGAGGAGUGUCAUGGCAUGGCAGUGAGUGGGCCAGCGGCGUCAAUCAUACGCACCGAGCAGCGUGCUUUCUUUCUGAUGGAGUCUGUCCUGGGACUGGUCUGGCAUGUGGGCAUAUUGAUGUUCUGUGUCCUGGCGAUAUCGCAGCCUCUUUGGACUGACCAGAAGCUGCCGUUCCACGCAUAUUAUCCUUUCGACUUACACGAUCCAACCAAGCAUCCCAUAGCACAUGUUUUUCUAUACAUCUGGCAAAGCUUUUUCCUGUUCUACAAUAUGGCCUGUAUUCUGUAUACAGAUGUCUUCGCAUCGCACUUAUUCGCUCAACUGGCCAUAAAUUUGAAAGUUCUAUGCAUUGAGCUGACCACCUUUGCCAAGGUGCAUCACAGAGAUGAGCAACAGUUUCGCAAUGAGCUGGGUCGCUUGGUGAAAUUCCAUCAGAGAACCAUAAGUCGUUGCUGGUUCAAUAGAAAUGUCAAUCGCACCAACGAAGUUUUCUAUGCGCCGCUCACAAUGCAAAUGCUAACCGAGUUCCUAAUGAUAUCUCUGUCCACGUUUGAGGCCUUAGCCGCUAGACAUGAACCCACUGUGGCGGCCAGAUUUAUUAUAUUUAUGGUUCUGUCGCUUAGUCAUUUAGCUUACUUUUGUUUCUUUGGCGACAUGGUCACCGAGCACUCAGAGAAAGUGGCCCAAUCGGCCUACGAUGCCUAUCAAUGGUCGCCAAACUCAAGAAUCAUUCGACGCGAUCUAAUUUUCAUGAUAAACCGAGCCCAGCAGCCGCUGUGCUUGGCCCCCAGCCCGUUUCCGCCCUUCAACUGGGUCAGUUAUAUGAGCAUAAUUAAGCAGUGCUAUAGUAUAUUGACACUCUUGCUAGAGAGCAUGGAUUAAGUAUAAGAAUUCAGAUCAAUUAAAUACCCAAUGAGACGACCACUUACAAGCCCGAAGUCCUUUCUCCAUGUCUUGAGGUUAAGGUAAUUUCUGCCUGAAAGCCUUAAUCGCUGCCCAUAAAGCACUUCAAGCUACCUGACGAUUACUCUCUCGCUCUCUCUCUAUUUGGCUGCCACGGAACCAAUUGGCAGACGGUUCAGUUUGGUAGCCGAGCCACAAAACUAUUUACGUUU